UGCAACUGUUUCAGUGCUGUGGCUGUCUUUGUGUGAGAAGCGUCUCCAGAUUUGGUUUGGUUCGCGUUUAAAUAUAUGCUGUGGCGUCUGUUGUUUACGUCGUGUCCAUUACUUAUCUUUGUUCUCAAUUUGUAAGACGAGAAUAUACAAAGGUAGAUAGACGAAACGUGUGCAGAAAACAUGGAAUAUUGCGUUCUGUUAUUUAUGCGCGAGCGUUAAUUUAAAAAAAGUAAUUUCCGUUUGUCGUAAUUGUGUGUGUGGUGGUUCAACGUAGCAGUCAGAAUUUCGUGUGAUAACUCAUCAUCCCCAUCUGGGGAACAUCCUUCCAAAAUGGUUAGCAAAUCGGAUGACACCGAGAAACAUGAAGAGUCGAGUUCGGCGCGCGAACCCAAACAGAUGACAAAGUAUGGCGAGCUGACCAUCGUAGGAUAUAAUGGCUUCCUGCCACCGGGCGACCGAGGUCGGAGGAGAAGCAAAUUUGUGUUGUACAAGAGGUCAUCGGCUAACGGAGUCAAGCGGUCACAGCACUAUGUCGUCAAAACACCACAUUCCUCCCAGGCAAUCCUCGACGUGGAACAACACUCCAUAUCCUACACAUUAUCGAAAAACGAAGCUGUCAUCGUCGAAUACAUGCCUGAUGAAGAGAAGGACAUGUUCCAGAUCGGCCGGUCGUCGGAGUCGCCCAUCGACUUCGUGGUAAUGGAUACAAUUGCGGGAGACAAGGUCGGCGAGAACAAGUUGUUGAGAAGCACGGUGUCUCGGUUUGCAUGUCGCAUCCUUUGUGACCGCUCCAACCCACGAGUAGCGCGGAUCUAUGGUGCGGGCUUCGACUCUUCGCGGAACAUCUUCCUUGGGGAGAAGGCGACGAAAUGGCAGGACAGUCGCGAGAUCGACGGCCUGACGACUAACGGCGUCCUCAUCCUGCACCCGGGGGGAUCUUUCUGUGGUGGCGAGGUGAAACCCAGUCUGUGGCGAGAGGUGUCUGUCGGGGGCAGCUUGUUCUCCCUGCGGGACCCCCGAUCCGCCCAGCAGAAAGGAGUGGUGCUUGAUGACGAGACGAAUGUUCUUCAGGACGGAACUCUCAUUGAUCUCUGCGGUGCGACGUUACUCUGGCGGUCACAUGAAGGACUGGAGAAAUCACCGACAAAGCAUCACUUGGAGACUCUGGUAGGCGAGUUGAAUGCUGGACGACCCCAGCGCCCUGUGGGACUAAACACGCUGGUGAUUCCACGCAAGUUAACUCCGAGUGAUGAAACGGGGAAUGAAAGGCGGCCGUACCUGUACCUGAAGUGUGGUCAUGUCCAGGGUCACCACGACUGGGGACAGGAUAAAGGCUCGAAGGACAGGCGUUGUCCAGCGUGUUUAAAGAUGGGGCCCGUAGUAAAACUGUGCAUGGGAAUUGAACCGGCAUUUUACGUAGAUGCCGGACCUCCGACAUUUGCUUUCAGCCCUUGUGGCCACAUGGCCACGGAGAAAACUGUGAAAUAUUGGGCCAAUGUUGCGAUUCCUCACAGCACCAACAGCUUUGACGCAGUAUGCCCCUUCUGCGCCACGCUGUUGGUUGAUUAUCCGGGCUACGUCCGCCUUAUCUUCCAGGAUAAUGUGGAUUAAAAACCUACUUAUGUUGCCGAUUUGUUUGGUAUUUGAACAGUUUUAAUUUAUUGCGUAAUCUGGCGUCACCAGUCCAGAAGAAAUUGCAUUGGAAUGAAAACUUUUACGUUGAUUUGAAGGGGAAGCUAACAUUAUGGUGCCUUAUUUUUGUUUUUAUAAAAAUAUAUACUGUAUAUAAUUUCACAAUUUAACUUUCGUGUAGAAAAGGAAAUUAAAAGUGUUUAAGUUAUUUAUUACUUUUGAAAGAUUUUCAUUCAAUCACGAUUGAAUUGAUAAGACUGUUUAGAUGUUAAGUAAGAAGAACAACAACAUUAGGUAAACAAAUUAUAACCAAAAUAUAAACGUUUUUACAAAAGCAGUUGAGGGCAGUCUGCAGUGGGAAUCAGGGAUGAACGUACAUCUCAGUUGUAGAUGAGAUGAUCCCAUACCAGGUGGAUGUUUUGUGUUGGUGGUACGUUGUGGAGUACUUUGUAUUUUUUCCCCAGUCUUCAAGGAAGGUGUAAUCUCAGUUGGGUACUUUGGGAGUGCAAAUUAACGAUAUAUCGGUAAGCAUCCGAAGACAUUUUGUCUGUAUGAAAAUUCAUCUACAUACAGAUCCAGAAUCAUAAAAUCGAAAAAGCUUUAAUUCCUAGGUUUUCCGGACGAGGGGUCCGGUACUUUAUCUCUGUUAGGCACGGAACAUUUUAGAUCUUAGACUUUGUUCGAUCACGCAUUCCUUCAGAAAGUACAAUAAAUUAAUAUAUCAGUGACUGUGCCCCAUAUAUACAGUGAAACCU